CUUGUCUGUAUUUUUUAACACAGAAAUGUCACUUGCUGAUCAGCAGUUGACCAGUUGACCUCAAUAGACAUCAAAGCGCGAUGGACUCUCGUGGAAUAGGAUAUUCAAUGUCGUCAAUUUAGUUCCACAGUUUAAUACGUGGCAACGUCGCUGUGCUGUGUGACUUGACGUUCUAUUUUUUAUCAAAUGCUUUUUGUUUUGUUAUGGUUAUAAAGUGCGAAAGUGGUUUCAUGGAAAUGUUCUGAUCGUCUUGUGUGAUAAGUAAAAUAUUAGGGAUAUUUCCUGGAAAUCUCUGAAACUGCUUGUCUGGAUAGCUACACAAGCGAAGGAUGAAUUGCCUUUUGAUUUUCGACCAUCUCAACGAUAUCAUUUAUACAAAAUUUGAUGAUAAGUUUGCAAAACACAUCACUGAGUUUGCUGCAGCUUAUGGUUUUCAGUCAGAGGUACAAAGUGAAGGAUGUUUGGACAGCAACAUAAUUGUACAAAUGUUCUCCCCAAUCAUUACCUCACACCGAAUCAUGAACUGUCAGUUUGGCAAUUCCUACACAUCUAUACAAUGUGAAGACAACCUAUCUAUGCAUUUCGAUGAGUAUAUGGGAUAUCUUUUUGUGCUUAUUGGCAAUGAAAAUCAACUUUAUAUGAAAAGGCUGCUUAACGUAUGUGUCACUAUGGUCAGAUACCUUUGUGGCCCAGAUGUGUAUCAAUUGAAGGCAAAGGAAGAUAAAACAAUACUGUUGAAUAAUGUUAUCGAUAGUUGGGCAUCCUUGCACCAAAACAAUCAGACAACUUUAGUAGAAGCAAUAGAGCAGCUGUUCAUUAACUCAGACCUAAGUUCCUCAACAAUAAAGGCACUAAAAGAAUCUGUUGAUAAACUGUCUUCUUUCAUUGAGUGUAACAGAAUUCAUGCACUGAUUCUAGUACAAAAUAAGUUUUUGUCACUUUAUUCUAGUCAAAAUGCCAAAGAGCUAUCUGCUGCUGAUAUUGUUUUCUCUACAAUACUUUGUGAAACAGUGAGGGAUAGAACCACAAUUUCAAGUUAUCAGGUUCUUCUGUCAGGGCCUGAACAGCAACCAAAAUGCUUACCACAUGUGAUGCAUAUAUUGCCACUUUCAGAAGGAAUCCAUCUCAUCUAUCUCAUAGAAAUCGGAAAUGCUGCAGUAGCUGCAAGUUUGUAUGAGACAUUCUGUCAUUUACAUACAAUGCAACAGGUACAAAUCCAGAGAGAAAAAGAAACUUUACAACCAGCAUUUGAAAACCUGGACCUUGCGACCCGCCGUUUGAACGAAAGCCUAAAGAAAACAAAAAAUUCGCAAAUAGAAAAUUCCCACAAGCAGCUUAUGAAAAAAUGGGAUGUGAUCAAGAAAAAGUAUCAAGAGUAUCUGAAAAACGCUUCUGAUGAAGCAUUACUUAGAGCUGAAACUUUGGCUCUAGGUUUUCUGGAGAAUCUGAAAGAAUUGCUAAGCUUAACUUCUGUGGAUAGUGCAAUUUUGCAGUCUUCAGUGAAGAGUGUAAAAGAUGUAGCCAAUGGGGUACAAGAUAAGUUGGCUACUUAUGAUGAGUUCCUGAAGGCAAAGGGCAUCCAGAACUUCUCACUUGGAUCUAGUGAUUCCCUAACCGUCAAUAAGUAUUUGGAAGAGUUCCCGGGAUUGGUGCAUUUCAUCUAUAUAGACCGCACGACUCAUAGGGUUACCACACCAACAUUGGAUUUCAGUUCAGAAGAGGGAGAAUUCACGAAGAUUAAGAUAUGGUCUAUGGUGAACUUCACAAGAGAGCAUGUACAAGAAGGCAAUAUGUCACUAAUGUGGAAAGACAGCACUUUUAAUUACGCCUAUUUUCUGUGGUUUGAGGAUAGCAGUGGGGCUCCUUUAAAACCAGCUAAUUUUCCGACGAGUAUUUCUCUGUUGCCUGGAAUACUGUGUGAAGACUUCUACUACAAACUGAAAGAACUGUGCUUCCCAAAAAUGUCGCCAAACAAAAUCAGAUGUUACGAGUUGUUCUGUAUACAUUUGGGGUUGGUAACAGCUUCUUGUGUGUUGGAACAAACUAGAAGACUAUCGGCCACGAUUUGGGAACUUCGCGGACAUCCGUCUCAUGCUAUUGACUUACUAUAAUUCUUUAAUACUAGUGCUGAUGGCAAUUUGUCCAAAAACUUUGCCAGAGAUAGGCUAGUUAUAAUGUGCAAUAUUAAGUUACAAAUAUUCCUGACCCGAUAAAAUUCCAGAUUAUUUUUUUUAUCCAAAAAAUUUGGUAUUUUGUAUAGAUUUUCAUUGUAUAAUCCACUAGAAUGCACAGUAGCUUAAUCGAUAUUAUACAGGACGUCCCAGAUUUAGGAUUUCCAAAUUAAAUUAAAAAAUACCAUACAUUUUGGGGAAAAUGUUUAAAUUGAAACUGAUGCUCCAAAUGGUAGGAAUUUACCUGUAUAUUUCAAAGAUUAUGUCACCCGUUUGCAUUGCAUGUACUCAUGGAACAUCUUCAGCCUAGCUUAGCAUCAAGAUUGAUAUUUUUCAAGUAUUGUGUGGUAAACCGUCGGACCAUUUUUUAAAAUGCGAGAGGCCCUCAAGCAUAAUGAUAAGUUAUGCAUUUUCAAUUCAAUGAAAACAUUUUUCUUGAAAUGUAUAUUUUUAAUUUAAUUCAUCCUGUGACGUGACUCGUGGAGAAACACUAUGUAAUGUUACUAUAAAACAAUCAUAAUUUUCUUUAAUAUGUCGUGUCAAUUCUUUUUGAGAAGAACCGAUGUGUUUUUCAAAUUACCAAAGGGCCAUUCAAGUAUUACUUAAGCACUAAGGGGAAGGGGGCGGUGGUCUUCGCUUUUCUUAUUUUUGAUGACAUGGGGGAUGGUGAUGACGUCAGCAAACUUUUUUUUUUCUUCACUAACGGGUAUCCUACAAGAUUUAGUCGGUUUUUAAUCGAUAAUAGGGAAGAAUAUUGAUAUUUACGUCGAGUAAAAGUAUUUCAAAAUCAAAAAUCGGCGCGAGGCUGGAAAACGUACCUGUGCGCGAGACUAGACCGCGUGACGUCUGUAGCCAGACAGUAGAAGUUCAGUCACAGGCAUGCCAAACCAAACAGGUACAUUUUAGAAGCAAGUCAGUUCAAAUCUCUAAAAACGGAAAGUAAUGGAUGUUGCUGUAUCGCCAAUAAGAAUUCCUGCGCUUGCUAAACAGAUUUCAGAGCGGCCAGAAAAACGUUUGCAAGUGGAAAGUCCCGCAAUAACAGAAACAUCCGAAUCCGAUUCGUAUGAAGCCAGUGGAAGCAGUACUGAAAGUAGUGACAGCGAACUGCCGAGAUCGUAGUCAUUCUAAGCGCAAUAUUAGUUAACGUUUAGAACUUGGCUUCAUUGCCCAUCCCCCGAGUGCAGCCCUAAACUUUGUUAUUUUAGUAGCUAUAAAAUUCUAUAAUGUGACUGGCCCCCCCUCCUAAUUUAAGUAUUCCCCAAUAGACCCUAAAAAAAUAAGAUUUUCUCUACAUCCCUGGAAUUUCUUUGAAAACAUUAGGUACCAUGCUUUAAAAUUAUUGUCACGAGCAGGCAUUAUUAUGUCUUAAUAUUAUUAGCUUUCAAUAGACUAAAGCAAAGCAGGAUCAAUUUUUGUGGAGAAAUACAAAACAAUACUACCCAUUGGAGAUAAAAAAAAAAUAGCUUCAUAUAGGUACUUACCGAACUACUUUAACACCGCUGCUCUGAGGUUCAUCUAAAUUUGCAUUAUUUGACAAAAACUCGUACACCAUUUCCACAUUCACAUGGGGUAAAUUUCGCGAAUCAGCUUUCUGACAACCUUGGAGCAUUGUGCUAGCACAAAUAAAUAAAGUACACAAACGUUGGUCCCAAUUUAUAUAUAGUAAAUUCGUAUUCGUAUACUCUUCACUCCGUAUACAAGACGAUACAAGAUACAAGUACUCUUAUGAGGGCGACAGCACGUGUUUGGCUACUGACGUCACGCGGUCUAGUCUCGCGUACAGGUACGUUUUCUAGCUUCGCGUCGAUCCUUGAUUUUAAAAUGCUUUCCGUCGACGUAAAUAUUAAUAUUUUGCAGUCAAAUUUCUUUGGCCGUUUGUUAAUAACAAAUUUUUUUAAUUAAAAUAAGAGAAAUACGAAAAAUCUCGAACCUUCCUAUUGUAUUUAAUAAUUGCAAAAAAUCUCCUUACUUAAUACUUGAACUGCCCCCAAACAUUUAGCAAGUUUCAUUCAAUUUAAACAGGAGCAUUGUUUCUUUUCUUACCUAUAUACUUAUAAAUAAUAUAUUUUCUGUGAUAUUUGUUCAUUCCGUUUUAUUUUUCCAUGUGUAUAAGCGAAAAAAUUAAUAAAACGUGCUAAUACAA